GCAAGUUUAAAUUACGCACUCCCAGUGCCGGUAGUUACGAUGUACCAGUACAAUACCAUGAGAGUAAUACUACAGUUUUGCUCACAAUACCACACUACUGACAAUUCUGCCGAAACAAGCCUGUGACGUUGUGAUGUGAACAUCCAGCUCAAUACGAUGUCGGCAGGUGAUGUAGUGAGCAGUUGCACAUCACUCUUGGUGGUGCUGCUAGUUGGUCUGCUAGUUGGUCUCCUACAGUGGACUCACUGCCGGGACGUAGAUGUUGUCCCCAUACAGGUGGUCAGCGUGAUUAUUGGCGAUAAUCCUGUGUAUGGCUACGCUAUCUCCCGCGCAGCGCAUGAGACGGCUGUAGAGGAUGUCCGCGGUGAUUAUCCUCGAGUUUUCGCCAACUUUUCCUGGAUUUACUUCAAUCAUACCGGAAACUAUUCAUGUGUGGAAGCAUCAGAAGAAAUUAUUGUGAAAAUCAGCGAAGUGUAUAAUGAGAGCGUACAAUUCCCACCUAGUGGUCCUCGCAUACUUAUGGCUCCAGGAUGCAGUUUGGAGAUCCUCUCUCUGGGAGAUUUUGCUCGUGAAAUCGGUUACCCAUUACUAGCAAGUACAGCGACGGAUCAGAUGUUGUCGGAUAAGAUGCGAUUCCCCACUGUUGCUGUGUUCGGCUCCGCCGGUUACUCUGCCAUCUCCCAGGCACUACAUAAAUUCUUCCAGCAAACAACUUGGAAGAGUGCCAGUGCAAUUUGUGAUACCAAUCCCGUGGGAGAGGCCACCGUAUCCGUUGUCCUCCUGUGUAAAAUUAUUGCGGAAUAUUUCGGCCAGUUUCGUUCCCAGGUUGACCUGGAAGUAAUCUAUACUGAUUCCAGUGCUAAUAAGGCCGGCACUAAAGAAAUGGAGGUGGCAAAAGAGCACAGUACAGUGAUUCUGCUUAUCUGUUUGAGUGACUUUCGCAACAAGCUCUUGGCUGUGGCGGUUGACCAGGGUCUAGCGGAUGGAAACCAUGUAUUCAUUACACCGAGACUAAUCUUUGGAGAUGCAGUUACUGCUGACUGGGUGGACUCCAAUCCGAUUAUUAAUCAGAGACUACCCCAAGUGCUUCCAUACACAUUUGAAAUUUCGAUUAUUCCCCCGAAUGGCUCCGAACUUCACAACAAGUGGAAAUCCAUUGUGUCGAGAGCUUUAAUGGAAUUCGGACAGUCGAUUCCUUUGGCUCUGGAGGAUACUGGAAUGCCGAUGACGGCCUAUGAAACAACUUUAAUUUUGAUGCAGGUCCUUCAUGAACAAUACGAUCGUCUGAAUGACCUUCGAGGCGAAAAGUUUUCUCGGUUGUUUUUCGACCGAACCUUUCGAGUUCCCGGCGAAGACGUGAGGAUGUCUCACAAUGGCAUGCGAAUGCGUGAUAUCCUGCUCCAGCAUUAUAACGUUCGAAAACAUCGUUUCCAGGUGCUUUUGAUUUACAAUGCUAGCACCGGAAAUUUUACCAGCGACUUAAAUACAACAAGGAUCGAGUGGAAUGGGAAGAGUUUCCCCAGUACCAGCGCUCCCAGAAGGAACACUGAUGGUUCCAUCCAUAGCGAAGGGAGCUAUAUGUAUCUUUUCAUAAUCGUCAUAAUGCCAGUAUUUGGAUGGAUAACCGCUCGCAAAACAUAUAAGUAUAUUAGACGAAAGAAUGCACGCGAAGGUUUAAAAUGGCUUCUGGACUACAAAGAUUUUUUUAACUGGAGACCGGUGCCGGAUUCCCGCAUUGCCGGUCAGUUGGUGUCGGUUAAGACGGCCGGCGGGCUCAACUGGGCAUCCGAAGAGGCCACAUACCAUGGUGCCACCAUCAGAGUACUGCAUUUAUCGCUAAAUAAUUAUGGUUUGUGGGAGCUGGUACGGGACCAAGAUUUUCGAGCCCGCAUCACUUUAAUGAGCAGUUUGGAUCAUCCCAAUGUAGCAAAAUUUUACGGAAUUGUUCUACCAUCGCCAUACGACCACGGACACGUGUUAGUGGUUUCUGGAACGGGUGAAAAAGGUGUUCUUCGGCAUUUUAUCGAUCAGGAUGACUUGAAUUUCAACUGGGAACUCCGUUUUUCGCUUAUGUGGGAUCUCAUAAAUGGCUUAGUGUAUGUCCAUAAAAUGCCCAUUCGAUAUCAUGGAGGUCUGAAUUUCUUCAAUCUGGUGUUGGAUCAGCACUUCACCCUGCAAAUCGCCCGAACUGGAUUAGUCCAGCUUUUACGUUAUUUAAGUCGAUUCAAUGGUUUGGCGACAUAUCGCAACAGUAUUCCAGUCGUCUGUUGGUUGUGGAUGGCACCGGAAGUGCUACGAGAAGAAUGGCAACCCGGUCAACCGACAAGUUGUCGGGCGGAUGUUUAUAGCCUUGGGGUCAUUCUGUACGAAAUGGCUACAAGGAAUCCUCCGUUCUGCGCUGACGUAUCGGAUCCCAUGAAAAUAGAAGAGCUUGUAACUGCAUUGAAUGAUGGAACAAUCGACGUGUCAAAGUAUCCGAUUCCCGACGUUGAUCCCCGACUGGCCGCUACCAUUCGUCAAUGUUGGUCACACGACCCUGCCCAGCGACCGACACUUGACGACAUCACUCAUGUGCUGAAAGCCGUGUAUCCACGGUCAUCUGCUUCCUUUACUGACCACUUAAUUAAGAGACUGCAGCAGUAUAAUGUGGAGUUGGAGAGUUUAGUGGAUUCCAGAACCAGGGCGUUGAAAGAAGAAAUGGAUAAAGUGGAGAGUUUACUGUGCAACGUCUUGCCCGCAUCCGUUGCUCAUCAGCUGCGAAACAAGGAAACGGUUCAGCCGGAAUUUUUCGAAUCGGUUUCGGUGUUAUUUAGCGAUAUUCCAGCCUUUCGCAAGAUUGUCACGCUGGUAUCACCCUUCGACAUUGUUUUGUUGCUGCACGGGGUGUAUUCGGCCAUCGAUGGACUGAUUGCUAAUUACGAUGCAUACAAAGUGGAAACCAUCUCUGAUUCAUACAUGGUCGCCAGCGGUCUUCCGGUGCGGAAUGGUUAUGUUCACGCCAGCGAGGUUGCUGACCUGGCUUUAUCUAUGGUCCGGGCGACGGAUUCCCUUCGGACCGAGACAGAAAAUAUCUGCACAGUGCCGCUGAAAUUACGGAUCGGGAUCAAUUCCGGGUCGUGUGUGGGAAUGGUUAUCGGGAAAAAACUGCCACAUUACUGCUUGGUCGGUGACACUGUUAAUACUGCCAGUAGGAUGGAGACAAACGGAGAAGAAUCGAAAAUACACAUAACGGAAGCUACAAAAUGCUUGAUCAUGCUAAAUGGAAAGUUCAGAAUUGAAUGCCGAGGAUUGAUACCCAUUAAGGGAAAGGGAGAGGUCACAACCUACUGGUUGGUGGGUAGGACGAAGGAGAGAGGAUAUCCCGAUUUGCUCGAUAUGGUUCUUCAUGACAAAUGAAAAUAAUUAUGACUAGCAUGCACAUAAAAAUUUAUGAAAUGGAGAACUCUUAUAGCGAUUCGCAAACGGUACCCUACUCGGAUGUGUUGAACUGAGUACUUAAUAAUUUAGGCCGAAUUCUCGCUGACUUCUAACUAUCAGUUUUUCUAUUGUAAAAGUCUUAAGAUGAGCACAAAAUAGGAACCUCAAGUGGUUCCUAUACGUCUUAACCAUUGUGUCUACGGAGCCGACCAAAAGGUACCUUUUGAUAGCAAAGCACUGUUCAGGCCGUACAUUGCUAUCUACCAAUUAAGAGCUAGGUAAUUAACGUUAGCAUAGGUGUACUGCGUGAACGCAAUUUUGGGACCUAAUGCAAUUAGGCGGUUGUCCCCGGUUGAACUCAAAUCUCGCUAAGCAAUUAAGAUAGAUAGAUGUACGCCAGAACGGGCCCUUAUACAUAGUUAAUCAGUUACUUCUUUAGUUCUCCCGUUAUUACCCUCCUUUCACCACAACCCAGCUGCAGUAAUAAAUUUUAUUAACUUUUCAGUAUUCACAUACGUUCGUAUCAGGCCGUGUGGCUGUAUGACACAUUGUUGCAAUUCUGGGCGUUUAAUGGCACAAGUGUUUUCAUAUAAUUUUUUAUCAUUAUUAGAUAA